GCUACACCUGGGCCAUUCUCAGCCCAAAACCUGAGCUUUGUCUGCUACAGCGAAUCAUAGCCCAGAAGCCACUACAAUGAGUAAUGACCAAAGAAGUUAAGACAAGGACUCCUCACACCUUGGCUAGAGAAUGCAAUGAGCACAAGAAAGGAGGUGGAUUCAAGAGCUUGGGAGUCAGAAGAGGCCAGAAACACAUGGAGUGGAGGAGGGCUGGUGGAUCAGGGAAGGCUUCUGAGAAGCAGGGACGUUUGAGAAAGACCGUAAAGGAUGCACCGCGUUACAGCAGGCGGAGAGGAGGGGAGGGGCAAGCACUAAAUGCUGAAUGCUGGACGGCGAGGAACACGGAAUGGCAGGCCAUCGGCUGUUCUCUGAACUGUGGUUGCCAGAGUUUCAAACCAGGGAAAAUAAACCACCGUCAGUGUGAGCAGUGCAGACACGGAUGGGUAGCCCAUGCUCUAAGUAAGCUGAGGAUCCCCACCGUGUGUUCCACAAGCCAGGUGGAGAUUGUCCAGUCCAAUGUGGUGUUUGAUAUCAGCAGCCUCAUGCUCUACGGGACCCAGGCCAUCCCUGUUCGCCUGAAAAUCCUACUGGACCGGCUCUUCAGUGUGUUAAAGCAAGAUGAGGUCCUCCAGAUACUCCGUGCCUUGGACUGGACCCUCCAGGAUUACAUCCGUGGAUACGUGUUACAGGAUGCAUCCGGAAAGGUGUUGGAUCACUGGAGCAUCAUGACCAGUGAGGAAGAGGUGGCCACCUUGCAGCAGUUCCUUCGUUUUGGAGAGACCAAGUCCAUCGUUGAGCUCAUGGCGAUUCAAGAGAAGGAAGAGCAGUCCAUCAUCAUGCCUCCUUCCACAGCAAACGUGGAUAUCAGGGCUUUCCUCGAGGGCUGCAGCCACAGGAGCCCCAGCCGCCCCUCUCCCACAGAUAAGGCAAACCCGAGCAGCGCACACCCCUUCGAGAACCUCAUAAACAAUAUGACUUUCAUGCUGCCUUUCCAGUUCUUCAACCCUGUGCCUCCCGCACUGCUGGGGUCACUGCCCGAACAGUAUGUGCUGGAACAGGGUCAGGAGCAAAGUCAGGACCCUGAACAGGAAACCCACGGACCCUUCCCCAACAACAGCUUCAUCACUUCCAGUUCCACACCAUUUCAGACUGAAAAAGAUCAGUGUCUAAACUGUCCAGAUACUGUUCCGAAAAAGGAAGACGGCACCUAUUUAAGUGACUCCAGCUCAUACAACAUUGUCACCAAGCUUGAAAGGACACAGUUGUCCCCUGAGGCCAAAGUGAGGUCCGAAAGGAACGGCCUGGCCACAAAGAAGGGCCGGGUGUUCUGCACCGCAUGCGAGAAGACCUUCUAUGACAAAGGCACCCUCAAGAUCCACUACAACGCUGUGCACCUGAAGAUCAAGCACAGGUGCACUGUCGAGGGCUGCAACAUGGUGUUCAGCUCCCUGCGGAGCCGGAACCGCCACAGCGCCAACCCCAACCCGCGGCUGCACAUGCCGAUGAACAGGAACAACCGGGACAGGGAUCUGCGCAACAGCCUGGGCCUGGCUGCCUCCGAGAGCUACAAGCACCCAGGUUUCGUGGUGACUCCCCCGGACUGCAGGCCCCUCCCUGGCUACCCCAGGUCGGGGGAGGGGGCCAGGGGCCAGCCAGCCUUCCCGAGCAUCGGGCAAAACGGCGUGCUUUUCCCCAACCUGAAGACAGUCCAGCCGGUCCUUCCUUUCUGUAACAGCCCAGCCACCCCUGCUGAGCUGGCAAACACCCCUGGCGUGCUGCCCUCCCUCCCUCUGUUGUCCUCUUCAGUCCCAGAACAGCUGGUUUCAAACCAAGUGCCAUUUGAUGCCCUUCCCAAGAAGAAGUCCCGGAAGUCCAGUAUGCCUAUCAAAAUAGAGAAGGAAGCUGUGGAAAUAGCUAAUGAGAAGAGGCACACUUUCAGCUCCGAUGAAGACAGGCCCCUGCAGGUGGUCAGUGAAGAGGAGCCGGAGGCCUGCAGUCCUGCGCCAGGCAGAGCCCCUGAGGAGCAGCACGCCCAGGCAGGACGCCUAUGGAGGCCUCUCCCUGGAGGAGAGAGGCCCUGCCGUCCAGGGCCAGUGGCUGAGUCCAGUGGCGCCUUCAGCCGAGCCCCUGAGCAGGCCACACACCACGUGGAGAGGGAGGCCGAGCAGAAGCCCGUGCUGGCCACGGUGCCCAGGGAGGUGGAGGCUGGUGGCCGCGAGCCCCUCCUCACUCCCGGGAUGGAGACCUGCGUCCCUUUCCCUGACUACAUCAAACUGCAGCGGCACCUGCUGGCCGGGGGGCUCCUCAGCGCUUUGUCCAGCAGAGGGAUGGCUUUUCCUUGUUUCGAAGAUUCUAAAGAACUGGACCAGCACAUGGGUCAGCACACAUUGGCGAGGCCAAAGGAGGAAGAUCGCUUCCAGUGUGACAUCUGCAAGAAGACCUUUAAAAACGCCUGCGGUGUGAAAACACAUCACAGGAGCACGCAUGCCAAAGAAACGCACGUGUGCACAGUAGAGGGCUGUCAGGCCGCCUUCCCGUCCCGGAGGAGCAGAGACAGACACAGUUCAAACCUAACUGUCCACCAGAAAGUGUGGACCCAGGAAGUGUUCGAGAGCACUGCAGACCAUUUCCAUGCCACUUACCUUCUGAAGGACGCGGCGCAGGGGGCCUGCCCAGAUGCGGAUUUCACACAGCAAGCCUCCCAGACAUCGGUCAUCCUCAAGGGAACCAGUCGGACGGGCAGUCUGGUUUACCCAGUAGCCCAAGUCCACAGCACCGGCCCGCAGAGCUGCAGCUCUGGGCCACCAAGUGAGGGCACCAUCCUGGACCUGAGUACUACCUCGAGCAUGAAGUCAGAGAGCAGCAGCCAUUCCUCCUGGGAGUCUGACGGGGCCAGCGAGGAGGGCACCGUGCUCAUGGAGGACAGUGACGGGAACUGCGACGGGCCGAGCCUUGUCCCCGGGGAACAUGAGUACCCCAUCUGCGUCCUGGUGGAGAAGGCCGAACAGAGCCUUACCAGCCUGCCUUCUGGGCCACCCAUGACGUGUCACCUCUGCCGAAAGAUGUACAGUAAUAAAGGGACCUUCAGGGCUCACUACAAAACUGUGCACCUCCGCCAGCUCCACAAAUGCAAAGUUCCGGGCUGCAACACCAUGUUCUCCUCUGUUCGCAGUCGAAAUAGACACAGCCAGAAUCCCAACCUGCACAAAAGCCUGGCCGCGCCUCCAGGGCACCUCCAGUAACAACAGUGGGCUGUGUGUGCUGGGACAAGCAUCUGUCAUAAUUCAGGAAUAAGGUCGUCCAAAAAUUGUUUCUAACUUGUUUAUACCAUUUGGGGCAAGCCAGGCAAAAAGUAUUUGAGUUGAUUUUAUAGUCUUCUGCCGCAGGGUGAGCAAAGGGCAAGCGUUGUGGGAAGCUGACACGGGGCAGCCUUUCCUAUUGUUUUUCUUAGCCCAUGAGGUUUUCCCUAACCUAAUGAAAAUUUGCAGAAACACAGUUUUCCCACAUUUGUUUACACAUUCCCUGGGAGAACUCCAGGUCUGCAGAUUGAUUGGCCGCCGGGGCCGGACCUCGGGGGUGCUUUGAAGGGAGGCCUGCUGCAUUGUCAGGGAGUGUCCUGGGAGGCAGACUGCCUGCCGUGGGUGAGAAGCGG